AACGACUACAUUUGUGGAAGGGAUGGAUCGAUUGAGAUAGCCCAAUACGUCUGCGCGGCAACUGUCAUAUGUGAUUGUUGAUACAGUGCAACACGAAAUUCCAAGUCUAUUGUCCAGGUUUAUUGUUGGGCUGGCUUGCCAGCUUCAGGCUCUAUAAUGAGUCUAAGCUCAAGGAAUAAGCGCCUUAAGCUGUUUCUUCAUAAGCAGAUAAUGGGUUCGUGUGCAGACAAUUGUAGUGGUCAUGGUGAAUGCUUUAAUGGCACAUGUUAUUGCGAGAUUCAAUUCAUUGGAGAUGAAUGCAGAAGCACAAACACAAGUUAUUUUGCUGUGUUUGCCACAAUAUUCUAUCUAGUUGCAUUAAUUUGCCUUGUACAACUUAUCAUGAGUAUAAUAGCAGAAUGGCAGAGGAUGAAGUCUCCCUCUAUACUGAAAGCAUGCCGCAUUACAACUCAAAAGCUGUUAUAUUUUGUUGUUUUUCUUGCAUCUGCAAUAAGAGGAGCAUACUUCACUUCUCCUGAGGCCUUUGAUGAAGGUUGGUCUCAUGGAAUUUUAUCUGCAUAUUAUCCUCUUCUCCUAUCAGGAUCUUCCCUAAUUGUUUGCUUUUGGGCUGAACUAUUUCAUCUCACAGACCUUCGUUGGAAACAAAGACAGUUUUUAAGUAAAUCCUUCCUUGGUUUUGUUACAUUCAACGUAAUUUCGUAUUCUCUACUAUUUGCUGAACUUACAGCAGUGAACUUCCUCGGCACUGAACCAGAACUAAAGGGGUAUUGUAUCCUCAUCUUCAACACUUGCUAUGCAUUUUUGCUGUUAAUAGUUGUGGUAUUUUUUCUAAUUUAUGGAGUAGAAGUAUUUUUCAAGGUUAGAGGCGGUUUCUUGAUAGAAGAAUGUUUGCAUUGUGGCAGAACUGAUGAAACUAGGAGAUUAUUUAGAGAUGGGCAUGGUCAGUUAUUCCUGCCAACAAAUUCUGUCAAUACCUCACAGCUACAUCAGUCACGCUUUGGUCUGCUUAGUCAGGCUGUAAUGAUGAUUGCCAUUGUUUUGUAUCUAUCCUCUGGGAUCAUCGGGGAAUAUCUUCAAAUUAAAUUUCCCGUUCAGAAAAGAAACUGGAUGAACUUAGUGUUUAGAACAGCUGAAAUUGGAGUAGCCUUAUGGUUUCCCUGUGUUCUAUGGAAUUCUAUGUGCCCUGAACAGCUUUGGAUACUGAAUCCAUACAGACUGAUUAAGACUAGGGAGCCGGAAAUAACUAAGUCAAGAGGUGAGGAAGAAACUGAAAGGGAAAAUGGAGAAGUUUGUGAGCGCAUUUCUCUUAAAGGACCCGAUGAUUGUUGGAUAUGUUAUGACCCAGUAAGAGAAGACGCAGGACCUAUCAUUCAACCAUGCUUUUGCAAAGGAGAUGUGAGAAAUGUCCACCACAACUGUCUUCUCAACUGGCUUAUGGAGAAACCGGGCAGGAAGGAUUGUCGUGUUUGUGGUGCAGAAUAUCGUAUGACACAAAAUUCCAAGAUCAUUAGUCCAAGUCGGUUUGCUGCUGCUCAAGACUGGAAGUUGAUAGUGUUCCUAGUUACAUUUGGCUUUAGCUCUGUGAUAGGAGCCUGCGUGACUGUAAAGCUAGUCCGAAAGACCAUCUAUAAAGCAGUAGCCGUUGGUGUAGCUCUCCUUGUGAUGUAUGUCUGUAUUAAAAUCUUUUGCCAAAAAAUGUUGGAAGCAUACCAUAGAGCAAAAAUUUCAAGCCUGCGAAUAGAAAACAACCUGCCAACAAUAAGUGAUUCUGUGCUGUCUGGACCAAGCACAAGUGCAGCUCAUGCUCAAGUAGCUGAUUUAUGAAAUUAGCUGGUCUUAAUUUUUAAAUAGACAAAAAAAGGAAUGCAACCAUUAUAUAUAUUUUUUUUUUUGUUAAUUUCUUUAUUUUUUUUCUUUAUUCUCUUUUUGUUUCUAAAAUUAAAGACUUUUUGUUUUGUCUUCCUAUGUACCAUUAAGGAGUUAAAAUCUAAUUCUGUGUUAUUUUUUCUAUAUUUUUAUUUCAUUAGUUUAAUAUGGUUGUAAAUUUUUUGUUCUCAAAAUUGUUAAAUUUCUAUAUGUAUUUUUUUUAAUCUGUCUUCCCAUUUGAUAUUAAAAAGUUAAAAUCCAAUUUGUGUUCAUAUUUUUUUUAAUUUUUGUUUUAUUCUUUCUUG